AUGCUAAUAAAACUAACAGUGGAUUCAGAAUGGAUCAAUUGGAAGAAAAACUUUUGUGAGACGUUUGCAAGCAAAGGAUGGUCACCCAUUAGAUAUGCUCUAGCUUUUAAAUAUCAAGCAGAUAUUAUAGCAUGUGGCUUACCUAAUAAUGUGGUUGAUAAACUUGACAGAGAAAGUUUAAAAGGAACGGAAGAUCUCUACCAUGAACUAGGAAAACUGGAACAUCUUGUUAGAAAAAAAAUAUAUGAUAAAAAAGAUACAAUACAUUUUGACAUUAAAUCAAAAAAAAAUGAAGGGAAAAAGCCAUGCCAAAUCUGUAUCUUCGAGAAAAGAGGGAAACGUUUCCAUCCUGAGGAAAAUUGCUGGUUUAAAGAGAAAAAUCAAAAAGCAUUUAUCAAAUCUGUAAAUAACUCAGAAUUGGAAAUUGAACUGAAUGAAGAGAAUCCAAAAAACUAG